GUUGUGCGCAUGAGGCGUCACGCUGCCAGAGGAACGCGGAGGUGUCAACCGAGCGGAGGAGCAGCACAACUAGGAAGCGCUACUGACUAUUUCGACACCACUAAACAUUCAACCAAACGCCUGCCACUCUUAUUUAAAUUUUUCUUACCUAAAGAUAAUGUUGGACAUGAUACUGGUUAAAGUGCUUCUCACGCUUUGCUGCCUUCUCCACACCACAGCUGCAUUUGGAAGACCCUUGAACAAAUACAUUGGUCAUUAUGAGGGUUUAUCCUAUGACACCGAGGCCCUGCACAAGAGGCACCAAAGAGCCAAGAGGGCGCUCUCUCCUCACGACGAAAUCCUGCACCUCAACUUCUAUUCUCACAACAGGGAUUUCAACCUGUGCAUGAAGCAGGACACAUCACUGUUUUCUCCAGAUCUCGUCAUAGAGACGUCAGGAAACGAGGAACCAAUAGACACGUCACAUAUCUACAGCGGAGAACUCUUUGGUGAAAAUGGAACACUGAGCCAUGGAUCUGUGAUCAACGGGCGUUUCGAGGGCUUCAUUAAAACUCAGCAGGGAACCUAUUACGUUGAACCCUCGGAAAGGUACUUGAAGGAGAAGACUACCUCCUUUCACUCCAUCAUCUAUCAUGAGGAUGACAUCACUUAUCCUCACAAAUAUGGCUCCGAUGGAGGCUGUGCUGAUCACGCAGUGUUUGAAAGGCUGAGGAAGUACCAGGCAUCUGCGGUAGACCCGCCUGUCAAAAGAGUGAAAAGUGAACUGGUUGAUGAGCGAAGCCAAGGUCCUGUCAUAUUAAGGAGGAAGAGGGCAGUGGCGCAACAAACAAAUACCUGCCAACUCCUUAUUCAGGCCGACUACUUAUUCUACAGCUACUAUGGCAGUCGAGAAGCCGUCAUUGCACAGAUCUCCAGCCAUGUUCAGGCAAUUAACGCCAUUUACCAGAUCACAGACUUCAAUGGCAUCCGAAAUAUCGGCUUCAUGGUUAAAAGGAUCAGGAUAAACACCACAAAUGAAAAGAUGGACAAUCCUUUUUAUCCUAACAACAUCGGAGUGGAGAGGUUUUUGGAGAUCAACUCUGAACAGAACCACGAUGACUACUGCCUAGCGUACGUCUUCACCGACAGGGACUUCGCCGAUGGUGUCCUCGGCUUGGCUUGGGUCGCCGCUCCCUCAGGAAGCUCGGGAGGCAUCUGUGAGAAAUACAGACCGUACUCUGAUGGGAAGUGGAAGUCCCUGAACACCGGCAUCAUCACUGUGCAGAACUACGCCUCGCACGUCCCUCAGAAGGUGUCGCACAUCACCUUCGCCCAUGAGGUCGGACACAACUUUGGCUCUCCCCAUGACUCUGGGCUCCAGUGCACCCCCGGAGAGUCUUCCAAUCAGGCCCAAAAGGAACUGGGCAAUUACAUCAUGUAUGCACGAGCCACCUCAGGAGACAAAAUCAACAAUAACAAGUUUUCAACAUGCAGCAUCGGCAAUAUGAGUGCUGUUCUGGCAAAGAAAAAGGAUAGCUGUUUUGUUGUGUCUGGACAGCCUAUCUGUGGCAAUGGACUUGUGGAGGAGGGAGAAGAAUGUGACUGCGGCUACAGUGAUGAGUGUGCAGACAUCUGCUGCUAUAACGCCAAUGAGGAGGAGGGCAAAAGGUGUAAACUCCAACCUGGAAAGAUCUGCAGUCCAAGUCAAGGCCCGUGCUGCACUGAGGCUUGCGCUUUUAAGGGCGCACUUGACAAGUGCAGGAAGGAAUCUGAGUGUGCCCUCAAGGGCAUGUGCAGCGGAACCACCGCUCGGUGUCCUACUUCCCAGCCGAAGGAAAAUUUGACCUCUUGCAAUGAGGACUCACAAGUCUGUAUCAACGGGGUCUGUUCAGGUUCCAUUUGUGAGAAGUACAAUCUAGAAGAAUGUACAUGCGCUAGUGUGGACGGAAAGGACGAGGCAGGCGAACUCUGUCAUGUGUGCUGCAUGGAAAGAAUGAAGCCUAGUACCUGCAGAAGCUCAGGCUCGGAUAAAUGGGCCCAGUUCUUCAACAGAAGCAUUAAAAGUCUGCAGCCCGGCUCGCCGUGCAAUGAUUUCAAGGGCUACUGCGAUGUGUUCAUGAGGUGUCGUCUGGUGGAUGCAGACGGGCCUCUGUCAAGGCUAAAGAAAGCCAUAUUCAGUGGAGAAAUCUAUGAGACCAUUGCAGAGUGGAUAGUGGAUCACUGGUGGGCAGUGGUUUUGAUGGGCAUCACUUUGAUUUUGUUAAUGGCCGGUUUCAUUAAAGUCUGCAGCAUCCACACCCCAAGCAGCAACCCCAAACUGCCUCCUCCAAAGCCGCUGCCAGGAAGGAAGAGCCACCCCAGCGCCCAGUCGCACACACCGCGACAAUAUCGCCAUCGCAGACAGGACUACCAAAUGGCUCAGUUGAGACCCUGAGAGCUUUGCUCUCAACCUUUCGCUCCUUUCCUGUGCCUACACUGGAAGCACUUGACUCCCAAAGAGUGCCUGUACCUUUAUUGUACAUAGUUCUUAAUUACGACCCCAAUUCCAAUGAAGUUGGAACGUUGUGUUAAACAUAAAUUAAAAACAGAAUACAAUGAUUUGCAAAUCAAGAUAUUUAAUGUUCAAACUGAUCAACUUGAUUGUUUUUAGGAAAUAAUCAUUAACUUAGAAUUUUAUAGCUGCAACACGCUCAUUGGGAACAGGUGGGUGCCAUGAUUGGGUAGAAAAGGAGCUUCCCUGAGUUGCUCAGUCAUUCACAAGCAAAGAUGGGGCGGGGUUCACCUCUUUGUGAACAAAUGUGUGAGAAAAUAGUCGAACAGUUUAAGGACAAUGUUCCUCAAUGUACAAUUGCAAGGAAUUUAGGCUUUGUAGUAAAAGAGUGCGGGUACUGCCUUGAAAAAUAUGUGGCGCGUUAUGAAGCGUAAAAUACGACAACGGAGACCCCAGACUGUUGAACAGCUGAAGCUGUACAUCAAGCAAGAAUGGGAAAAAAAUUCCACCUCCAAAUCUUCAACAAUUAGUGUCCUCAAUUCCCAAACGUUUAUUGAAUGUUGUUAAAAGAAAAGGUGAUGUAACACAGCGGUAAACGUGACCCUGUCGCAGCUUUUUCGGAAUUUGUUGCAGCCGUAAAAUUCUAAGUUCAUGAUUAUUUGCUAAAAACAAUCAAGUUUAUCAGUUUGAACAUGAAAUAUCUUGUCUUUGUAGUGAACGUCAUUUGCAAAUCAUUGCAUUCUGUUUAACACAACGUCCCAACUCCAUUGGAAUUGGGGUUGUAAUUCUUAACAACAGGUGCAACUGAAUUCAGGUCACUGAAGUGAUGCAAGCCCGAACAACCUCGCUCAAGGCCUCCGUGCUAGCAUCUCAUAGGUUUUAUAUGGACAAGAGACUCACUGAUCUGCUACGUGCUCUUCAUGACUAUAUUUUUUUUUUUACCAUACGAGAAAGAGGAGCGAGGAAGCUUUCCUUACAAUGGCCUCUCUUCCGCUAUCUUCCAACUGUACUGCUUUUGUUUUUUUUUUGUGUCGCUCCCCUGCUUGAGACCGCAGCAGGACUGCAAGUGAAACGGGACAUUUUACUGCCAAGCAACACUUGGAGCCAAACUAUUCUGCAUGCUUCUAAAUGAGAGCAAACGCUUUUCGAACAUCACCUUCAUAUUGUUUCCACGUGAUUGUACGACAUUUGCUGGUGUCUUUGUUUUUCUACACUCCCCUCCAGGAAACUUCGAUCGUGCACGAGUGGGGACGGAUUCGUUGUGUUUGAGAUACUUCCUGUUUUAUCGCAAUGCUUUCAGUGUUUCUCAAACACUAUUAAAAAAAGUAUAUUUUAAUAUUGUUAAGCAAAAGGCUCCGAGUGGGAGGGAGCGUGUCAGAUUUCUACACAUCGUGAAAGCACUGAGGUGACUGGUCAUUUAUUUAAAGAUAGUUAAGACACACUUUUGCACGAGCACGUCUUCGAGCGCGUUCUUCUUCGUUGGUUUUCGCCACUUUCUUCUUUGUGGUCGGUGGACUGUCGGCAUCGAAACUGGGAAUCGAAAUGUUUUAAUUUGAACAAUUCUGGGAGAACCGAAGUGAAGAGAAGAGAACCGUUUCCAAUCGGUUUUCGAGUCCCGUUUCCAAUCGGUUUUCGAUUCUCGAUGCCCAACCCUAUUUGUCACCUUUUUUAUUUUGUCAAAGCAGCUCUGCCUGACUUGACAAGGCAAUAAGUUCUUCCGCAUGCAAAGGCACCUGAGUGCAAUUUCUACGAAGCCAUAAGAAUGCGACCGCUUCCUUUCAUCUGUCCAUCCAUUAAGACACCCCUGUUCCGGCUCCCCAUUUUGCAAUUUGGUCUGUUUGAUCUAAAAAUGUGCCUUAAUUUUUUAAUAUAUGCUGUAGGAAAUACACUGAUGUAUGUGCACAACACAAAUUGGAUUCUGGCAUAGCACAGUAAACAUUUAGUCAGAUGUUUCAUCACACACCGUUGCAGUUUGUUGUGUGCGAGGUGAGCAGUUAGACGGCAGCAGGCAAUUCACUCAAAGCCAAUUCACUGAAUAAUAUGUUUUAUACCAAAUCGACGCAGACUCAAGUGCAGCAAUGCGUGUGUAAAAUUGCAAUUUUCUGUUGCUGUUUUUUUUUUUUUUUUUUUUUUUAAAUUGGAGCUUUACUUAUUUAGGGUUAAAAACAAAUGUAAAUGACAAUGUUUAAAGCUGUGAAUGUUCUUAACACUGGAGUUUGUCUGAGGUAAACAAAUUGAAAGUGGUGACAAUUGCAGCACAACCUGCCUGAUUUUAAUGUCCCUUGUUUUUGUUUUUUUUUACUGUAACUUGAGUGCUCUUAAAUGUUAUGUUCUGUUGUUCUCUGAAACCCCUUUGACUACUUGAAAUGCAUUAACCCACUGGGCUCUGCUGA